GGUCUGCAGAGAGGAGGGUCUGAACUAGACCUUGAAGGAUAAAUCAAAAAUCAAAUUUCUAAAAUUUUUAUUAUUUCAAACCAGACUAAAACUAAGAAUUUAAAUACAGAUAGUAGCUUCAGAAGGAGGCCAAGAAGAGUGAAAAGAAAAAGGAAAAUAUCAUAAGACCUGAAAGUGGUAACAGAUUUUUGCAAACUGUUGGCUGGUAUAAGAACACAUCUUUAUGUUUCCUGAUAUCAGAAAAAGGCCUUGAGGGAGAAAUGGCUUCUGGAUGGAAUCAGCAGCGGAAAAGAACAGGAAGAGAUGAAGAAGCAAAACCAACAAGACCAGAGGCAAUUUUAAAGAAAUUAAAAUCAGUUGAGAGGACAACAGAAGACAUAAUAAGGUCUGUGAAGGUGGAAAAAGAAGAAACAUCAGGAGAGUCAAUUGAAGACAUCUAUGCCAAUAUCCCUGACCUUCCAAAAUCCUACAUACCUUCCAGAUUAAGGAAGGAAAGAAAUGAAAGAAUAGAAGACGAGGAACAAAAUAGAAAAGCUUUGUAUGCCAUGGAAAUUAAAGUUGAAAAAGACUUGAAGACUGGAGAAAGUACAGUCCUGUCUUCAAUACCUCUCCCAUCAGAUGACUUUAAAGGUACAGGAAUAAAAGUCUAUGACGACGGGCAGAAGUCAGUAUAUGCAGUGAGCUCUAACCACAGCACGGCAUACAACGGCACUGAUGACCUGGCACCCAUUGAGGUAGAGGAACUUUUAAGACAAGCCUCAGAGAGAAACUCUAAAUUCCCAACAGAGUAUCAUGAGCCCGUAUAUGCUAACCCGUUCUGCAGGCCUACAACUCCACAGAGAGAAAAGGUAACCCCUGGACCAAGCUUUCAAGAAAGGAUGAAAAUUAAAGCUAAUGGACUGGGCAAUAAUGUAGAUGAAUCCAUACACAAUAUGGACAAUGGACUUUCAGAGGAAAGAGGCAACAACUUCAAUCAUAUCGGCCCCAUUCGCCCAAUACCUCAUCCUCGAUCAACAAGUCAACAGGAAGGGGAGAGAUCCCACACUGCACAAAAGAAGCUGAUGGCUCCUUGGGAAGAAUCAAAUGUCCUACAGGACAAAUACGCAUCCUCUCCAAAGGCAAGGCUGAGCCCUAGUGAAACAAGACUUGAGAAGUCAGUACCCCAGGCUUCUUCACCUACUUACCAGGAGGACGAGGAAGAUGUUAGAUAUAAUAUUGUCCAUUCUCUGCCUCCUGACGUGGGUGAUGCGGAACCAGUGACAAUGAUUUUCAUGGGGUAUCAGGAGGCAGAAGACAAUGAAGAAGAAAAGAAACUUCUGACAGGGUAUGACGGGAUCAUCCAUGCUGAACUGGUUGUAAUUGAUGAUGAGGAGGAAGAGGGUGAAGGAGAAGCUGAGAAACCAUCUUACCAUCCCAUAGGUCCCUGCAGUCAAGUUUACCAGCCUGCCAAACCAACGCCACUUCCCAGAAAGAGAGCAGAAGUUAGUCCCCAUGAAAACACAAACCAUAAAUCUCCCCACAAAAAUUCCAUAUCCCUGAAGGAACAAGAAGAAAGCUUAGGCAGCCCUGCCCACCAUUCUCAGCUUGAUGUUCAGAUCGCUGGAGAUGGGACUGAGGACCCAUCCUUAACAGCUUUAAGGAUGAGAAUGGCAAAGCUGGGGAAAAAAGUCAUCUGAGAAGGGUACCAUCUAUGUAAACACCCUUUGGAGAAGAAAUUAAGAGAAGUUUGCAAAUUUCUCUUCUGGAUAUUUUUCUUUCUUUUUCUUGAAAUCCCCAAACUUAUGGCAUAUACCCAUAUUAAGUCAUGUGAAUAAUUAGUAGUUAUUAUUUGUGAAAAUUUCUGAAAAAGCUGGGAGUGACAAAUGUUUGACUUUUCCAGUUACUUGACAUGAUUCAAUGGGGGAAAAACAAAAACCAGCAUAUUUUUAUUGUAUUGAUACCAAAGCAUUUCUAAUAAGAGCUUGUUAAAAUUAAGAAUAAAGUUAUUUAAAAUAGCCUAACUAUAUUGUAUUAACUGGCAUUGUAACUUUGCUAAUACAAAUGUUGAAGCCAUUGCACCUGUUUGCAAAAAUAUUCAUCUUCAACUCCAACAAGCAAGCAUGUCAUCCCAAAUCAUUAAGACAACUACAUCCUCUUGCCGAGGACCGAUUGAAUUGGCUUGGUAGAAACCACAAACCUUCGCACACCCAGAGGU